UAGUAUACUAAAAGUUGGCAAGACGGUUACUGCGCAACAAUAGAAAGAAACAAAAUGGAGACAUCAGACUCUCAAAGUGUUUAUUCCGAGGUUGUCGAAGAUCCACUUCAUGACUUAGGAAAUGACGAGCUUUUAAAGCUGCUCGAGGAAACAUUGCGAGGAAAUGAAGUUCUCAUCACAGAGACACAAAUGUUUGAAAAAUUUCUGCAACGUGUUGAUCCUAGAGAUGGCCCACUAUCAUCAAUUUCUGGUAGUAUAACUCAACGAUCUGACAAAACAUUGUCAAGACUUCGAUCAAGGGCCCGUUCUAGUGCAAUGGAUAAGUCUUUGAAGCUUACUGCAGAACAAAAAUGUGAUAUAGCUCAAAGAGAAAUUGAGGAACUUCGUGAUGAAAUUAAUUUAUUAAAAGACAACUCUGAAAAAGUGUUGGAUACUUUAAAGGCCAUAAUGGAAGAAUCAGAUAUGAGAUUGUCAGAAAUGAAAAAGGAUUCUUAUGAAUUUGAACGGGAUAUCGUAAAAGGCUCAAUCAACUAUCGCACACAUAAGGUUGUUGCAGAGAAAUGUAUACGAUACUUUGAAGAUAAACUGAGGACUCGGGAUGCAUUGAUUGAAAAACUUCGUUUGAAAAAUGCACAAUUGAAGGUCCAGAAAAAAAAGUUAAUGAUGCAACUUAGACAGAAAGAAGAAAUGGGUGAAGUUUUGAACGAAGUUGACUUCAAUCAACUAAAAAUUGAAAACCAACAAUAUUUAGAAAAGAUUGAUGAGAGGAAUCAAGAUCUUCUUCGACUUAAAUUAAUGGCUGGUAACACUCUGCAGGUCUUGAACUCCUACAAAAAAAAGCUGUUGACAUUAACAAAAGAAUCAGAGAGAUUAAAAAGUGAGAUUACAAGUCGUCAAGAUAUGGAUUCCAGAAUUCAAGCAGAGACAGCCAUUGCUGAAGCAGAAAGAACCAAAGCUGAACAAAUGAACAAAAAGCUCAGAAAACAACUGAAUAAUUUUAAAGUACCAAGUGUUAUGGACUAUGUUAUAGAAAAAUCUAAUAUGUAUGAUUUGCAAAAAAAGCUUAAAAGCUGGGAGAGAAAAGUUGACAUAGCAGAGAUGGCUCUGAAAACUCACAGAAAGACUUGGGAACAAAUGCAGCUAAAGAAUCCUAUUAAUAAUAAUUGGAGGAGCAUGAUGGAAGUUUAAGGAUUUUAUUUUUUUAGCAGAAACUUUAUACCUUUCUUAUAGCAAAAUUGAUUAACAAAGACAUUUUUAUUUUAAAAAGUAAAAGUUAAAAGCUAAUUUUUAUUAUAAAAGCACAGUGUGCUAGUUUUAAGUGACAUAAUAAUAUGGGUGAUUUUAAAAUGUUCAAUUUAGGUUUCUUAAAAAUGUUGUUUUCCCAAUUUACUAUAAAUAGCAAUAUGCUGUUCAAAUGAAAAUGUAAUUUUCUUUUUAUAAUGACAGAAAUUGACAAUGUAAAUGUAUAUUACUUUAUUAAAUAUACACUUUUCCUUGAAGAUCUUGUGUCCAUAGGGAUAUGAUGUAAGACCUAGCCUUUCUAUGGCUUAUUUGUUGAUCAUUAAGCUAGCACAACUUUCAACCAUUUUACUACUACUCAGCCACCAUGCCAUCUUGUUUAUUUAUUUGGAAUAGAAAAUUUACAGAUAUUCUUUAUGGUAUGGCUUCAUAUAUGUUUUAUAAUAACUUGAAUUUUAAUUUUUAAAAGACUUAAAGAUUAUUUUUUAAAUGACCUUUUGGACUUCAGCAAAAUAUUGUUUUCAAAAUACGUGUUUCAAUGCCAGUUCUGUUAUGUCAACAUUAGCUCUUGAGCUCACUUAUCAUUUUAAUGUCUACAAGUAAUUUGAAACAUUGAAUUUUUUUUUUUCAAAGUUGUAUUAUUUUAAUUUGUACAUAUAUAUACAUAUUAUAUUUGAGACAAUGAAGAAAUAAAAUAUUUUAAAGCAAUAGA